AGAGUCAGGUUUUGCCAUCAGCAGGGCUGGAUGGGCAGACUCGGAGGCCAUGGCCCGCGCGGCCCUUGGGACAUAUCACAUGGUAGCCGAAUGAUCCGAGGGUAUCUUGUUUUCGUCAACUUCGGAACGCUCAAGACCAGUCUACCUCAAAAUGCAAAUAGCGAAUAGGAUAUAUACGACACACCCCCAAAAUGUCGUGCUUGGUACUUUCCUGCGUCUUCCUCUCCGUCAUUGGAGUGAUUCAAGCUGCACCUAUCACAGAUACAACAAAUGUUACUACUAACCACAGUUCUAAAGCCCCAUCAUUCACGGCCAGAGCCAUACGGACCGUCAUCUCUAGCUCUAUUUGCGUGCAUAUAUAGUUUCAACCAUUCACCCCAAUAUCCCGAGUCUCAAGCAUAGCCCCCUUCGUAUCCUACUGCGGCGACUUGGCAUGAUGAUAAUGGCACUAAUCGCUCCUGAAAUCAUCACAUGGGCUAUGCGCCAGCGGCUUAGCGCUCGCCAAGUUACAAGAUUCGAGAAAUUGGGGUAUGCCAUGUUUGCCUGGAGAAAGGACAAGAGCAAAGGCAAUGCGAUAUCAAAAGGAUUGGUCAUGCUUCAGGUGGCCUGGUUUGUUAUGCAGCUCAUCACCCGUGUCAUCUAUCGCCUCGAAACCACGCAGCUCGAAGUGGGAACACCCGCUUUGGUGGUUCUACCUAAUAGGACAAGCUUCUUAAUGUGCAAUGCCCACAUCCAGUGUACUGGAAGUCAAACGAGUCCGAGAGGCCAGACGAUCACAUCAAUGUCCACUGUCAAUGACAGAGACGAAUUUGCUCGGCUUCAGAUCUUGCAUCGAGUCUUCUGCUCAACUAUAGAGCUGAUAGGCUGGGCUGAAAAUCGCACAUUUCGAAAGCUCCGAGUUCCUACAUUCAAACUCGAAGCGACGGACAUAUUUUCGGCUUGCUGAAUUGCCUAUAGCCGCCAUCUUUGGCAUUUUUGAUCUUUCUCACAUACAAGGAACAGGCGCUAUGGCGCAUCAGUGCCAUCACACAUUCUAGCUUAGCAUCGUCACGGUAUUGUUCUUGAGCGUCUUGGACACACUAG